ACUCCACUCCCCCAACUCAAACAAAACCAUCACCACCCCCGACGUCUGAAAGCCAGCCAGCGCUUCUCUCUCUCUUUCUCUCUCUGCCUUCUCACCUCAUCGCUUGAUAUUUGUUUCCCUCUCUCUUUCGAUCCAUGCGAAAGCUCUAAUGACUCCAUACUGCCCCUGAAUUCUUCUUAAUUCCACUCCUAUCUUUCCAUGGCAUCUCUCUCCGCCUGUUCCUCUGCCUCAUGGCCGCUUCCAGACUCAAACCCUGAUAACCCCAAGCCUAAUUCGGACUUUCUCUCCACUCCUCAGCACCAGCACGCAACAAUCUCAGAUCAAGCUCAGGUUUCGGAAGAGUCUUCUUCACCUCUGGAACAACGAAGGGCGGAGCCUGAGGAACAUGAUGAAGAUGGAGACGAAGGUCAGGAAGCCUCCUCCAAUUCUAAUCCGCCAUCUUCGGCCUCUCUUUUUGUUCAAAACCCUAACUCAAAUCCUAUUCUCCACGAUAAUCUGGAUCCUGCGCCGUCUACAGUCCCGAAUCUCCUUCACAUCUCCUUUAAUCAGGACCACGGAUGCUUUGCUGCCGGCACCGAUCAUGGAUUCCGGAUCUAUAACUGCGAUCCUUUCCGCGAGAUCUUCAGGCGAGAUUUCGAUAACGGAGGUGGUAUAGGCGUUGUUGAGAUGCUGUUCCGGUGCAAUAUUCUUGCGCUUGUCGGGGGCGGACCUGAUCCACAGUACCCUAUCAAUAAGGUCAUGAUUUGGGAUGAUCACCAGAGUCGGUGCAUUGGUGAGCUCUCUUUCAGAUCCGAGGUCCGCGCGGUGAGGUUGCGUCGAGACCGUAUAAUUGUUGUUCUGGAGCAGAAGAUAUUCGUGUACAAUUUCGCGGACCUGAAGGUGUUGCAUCAAAUUGAGACAAUUGCCAAUCCGAAGGGGUUGUGUGCGGUCUCACAGAUGUCGGGGUCGCUCGUGCUGGUUUGCCCCGGGCUACAGAAGGGGCAAGUUAGGGUUGAGCAUUACGGUUCGAAGCGUACGAAGUUCAUCAUGGCUCAUGAUUCAAGGAUUGCGUGUUUUGCACUCACACAGGAUGGAAGGUUUCUUGCUACGGCCAGUACUAAGGGAACUCUUGUUAGGAUAUUCAAUACGUUCGAUGGAACGUUGCUGCAAGAGGUACGAAGGGGUGCAGAUAGAGCAGAGAUUUACAGCCUGGCUUUCUCCUCUACGAUGCAGUGGCUGGCUGUUUCAAGUGAUAAGGGCACGGUUCACGUUUUCAGCCUCAAGCUUAAUUCAGGAUCCCCAGGGGACGACACCGCACGCACUCCUUCUGACCCCAAUCUUGCUGUUCCAUCGGCAAGUUCAUCUCUCUCCUUCAUUAAAGGGGUGCUGCCGAAGUAUUUCAGCUCAGAGUGGUCAGUGGCCCAAUUUCGCUUGCAUGAAGGUUCUCAGUACAUUGUUGCUUUUGGCCAUCAAAAGAACACUAUUGUGAUUCUUGGCAUGGAUGGAAGCUUCUAUCGAUGCCAAUUUGAUCCGGUGACAGGAGGAGAGAUGACUCAAUUAGAAUUCUACAACUUCCUGAAGCCAGAAGAAACGUUCUAAGUUGAAGAUGACGGGUUCUUCUCUAUUUUUUUGGCUUUACUAUUGUUCUGAUCAUAUACUGAUAUUUUCUUUUGGGGUGGGCGGGGGUACUAAAUAAGUUGUACAUGUUUUUAGAGAUGGGUUUAGAGCCUGCAAAACUACACCUGGGCUGUGUUGAUACCACUUGUGCAUAUAUAUGCAAAUAAUAAUAGAGAUGCUUGUAUAUCUGGACCUUGUUUUUAACCGAUAUUAGCUCGGAGGAAUUUAUAAAGCUGUGUCAAAUGUUGUGCCA